UGUUACGUAUACGUCAGAGUUGACCACGUGCGUCAGUACAAUGCAGGACGCCUUUUAACCGGCCAUAAAAUAAUAUAUUUGAAUAGACCGACAUUUGCUUUAUUUGUAAAAGACAUUUUCGUCUUAAUUUGUGGAAUAAUUUAGUGUGUUGAUAAGAUGGCAGUUUUAAGAAUUUCAUCAUUAGUUAUCAUAAUUGUGACUGUUUACGUUGUAAACGUUGAAAGCCAGUCAGACACUAAUAAACAAACAACUUCUCUAGAAUCUACAAAUGUCGCCGUUAAAGGAAAUUUGGGAAAUCCAAAGGCACAAGCCUUAACAACUAAUACACAAGCAGACCCUGCUAAAAACCCCGCUAAAAAUAAAUCGAAAAUACGGAUUCCACCUAAACGCAGAAAAAUAAAGCGACGUCCAAGAAAACGGCGUCCACCGCCGAGGAAAAUGGAGAAAACCCGACUCGUCAAAAAUAACCAUGGUAAAGUAAAGGCACCAAAUACUGUUCCUGCAGCUAAACAAGUAAAAGCUGCUACCAAAAUAGUUAUCGAACCUAAAGAUGCACUUGUUCUAAAUUCUGCUGAGACAGUAGUGAAAGUUAAGACAGCACCGCUAAAAACAGCAGCCAAAGUUAAGGUUACACCAUUAAAAGCAGAAUCCAAGGCUAAGGCAGCACCAUUAAAAGCAAAUGCUAAUGCUAAGGCAGAACCUGUGAAAACAACAGUGAAGGUAAAAGCAAAACCAGAGAAAACAGUUGUCGAGACAAAGGCAGCAUCGAACAUGGACGGUUUUGGACAAGAUCCUUUCUUCGAUCUUUUCGCAGAAACCACAACAGUUGGGCCUGAUCCUUAUGCACCGCCUCCCGACUUUUCUAUUAACAAAAUACCAGCGAAAAAGGUCAUACCAAAAGUAGACCCCCGAAAGUCUAAGGCAUACGACGGCACUCCUUGCAACGAGACAUAUAAAAAUCACGCUACAGACAAAACAAAGUAUAAGAUGAAAUAUGCUGAUGGCGGUUGGGAGACCUUGGAUUGCCCCCCUAACUAUGGCUCCGGUCUCGUUUGGAGGCAAGAUCUUUGUUCGUGUGGUAUAGAGUUAGUUCCAGUGGAUCCGAAUGACUGGUGUGCAGCGAUGGGUUUUAGCAGUCACAAGGAAAAGAGGCACAAAUAUGUCAGGAAAGACCAAGGUGUAAACGUUGUUAUGGAUUGUGCAGCAAGCCUCGUGUGGUCCCAGGAGAAGUGUUUAUGCAUGUAUGACCCUGUUGUAAUAGACAGACCUAUAGAAAAUCAAGUGACAUUUGUAUGUAAGACAAUAUUACAGAUGGAAUUUGAAGGAAACUUACAGAACAAGGCACAGGGAUACCAUAUACAGCCUGUCAAACUGAGGCGACGUGGAAUACCUAGAAUUCAGUACCGAAAAGUUCCUGGUGCAGUGAAGAAAGCGGCAUUGAUUGUGAGUCAGCCUCUUGAGUUUUUAGCGUUUCGUGGCAAUGAUUUCCAAAAACAAGUGACUUAUGCUUUAAGUUUUAAGAUAUCUCCCCGACAUAGGAACAAAGAUAACUUCAUGGUUUUACUAACUGAUGAAUGUAUUGCAAACCCUGGGAGACAGAAUGAAGCAAGAAAGCCUGGCAUAAAGUUAGCAUUUCAGCCAAAUACAAAGACAUUUAACCUUCAAUUUAGAACAAAAAAGACGGAUGUAGAUCAGCUGAUCAAAGGAGCAAAAGCGGACACAUACGGGUGGUAUAAAGUGGUUGUAUAUUUUGAAGACAAUACGUUAAGUAUGGAAGUAAAUGGACAGAAAGUUUUUACACAGACAGAUGUUAUGGGUAAGAUUCCACAGAACGAGUGUCCGUUAUAUAUAGCUGGUAGAGGGCGUGGCUACAGCAGAGCAGAAGAUUUCUAUGGAUAUUUAGACAAUGUAAACCUGGUCAAGGACUGUAAAUUUCACGAAGCCAACAUCAAGUUCCUGUGAUUUUGCUCAAAUUCUCCUAAAACUGUAUAUAUUUGUUGUCCUUUCAUAUCAUAAUAUAAUUUUAUCUUUUAAAAUUC